UGACUGCUGGAACAGCCCCUUCUCACCGGCGCAUCGCGACACUAGCGUGUCACCGUGGAACGCACGGUGACCUGGUUGCCCUAGUAACCGGAAGACGCGGUUACCGUGGCGCCGCUGCGGACGCUUCCCGGAAAGGCGCGGAGGCGGCAGCAGCAUCAUGCCGGAGAGGGCUCUGGUCACCGUCCGGUUCGGCCCGUACUCGAGCAGCUCAGGCCUAGUGGAACAUCGCACGUAUCGGCUGCAGGGGCUGCGAGCGGCGUUAGCUGGGGAUGGACACCACGUGGUUUUGGAAGAAGCACCAGACCGGAAUAUUGUGGAACUUAUAGUGAACGGGGAAAAUGUUUUUCAGUGCAACAUAAAAGAUCUGGAUUUUGGAGGUGAUGGACAGCUAGACCCUCUAUGUGAGGAGGCCAGAAGAGCCGUGCUAAAUGCCUACUAAUUAACAGUCAUGUUGAUUAUGCGGUGUGAACAUUUUCCAUACAUUAAACUAUCAUUAAAACAAUUAUUUGGAAUAAAUUAAAUGCAAAUUGUAUAA